AUGGCCUCAGGAGUCCAGCUGCAGAGCGGACCCACCUCCACCCUGCUCCUCCUGCUCCUGCUCUCCAUCUCGCUGUGGAGCCAGCAGGCCGAGGCCGUGGUCCACUCCAGCUUCCGGCGUCUCAGCGGCCGCGAGAAGAAGGAGAUGCAGAAGGAGAUCCUGAACCUCCUGGGCCUGCCGGGGCGACCCAGACCCCACCCACCGCUCCGGCCACCCUCCUCCGCACCGCUCUUCAUGUUAGAUCUGUACCACGCCAUGUCGGCCGACGACGAGAACGAGAUUGAUGGCAUCGGACCGGGCCCGGGGCGGUUCGGAGCGGCGGCGCAGGUCAGCUACGCGGCCCUGCCGACCCUCAGCACGCACACACCGCCGCUGGGGACUGUGGUCAGUGAGGCCGACACCGUGAUGAGCUUCGUCAACCUGGUGGAGCAGGAGCGUGACCUCCUCCAGCCUCGUCCCUACUGGAAGGAGUUCCGUUUUGACCUCACCCCCCUCCCUAAGGGUGAGACGGUGACGGCGGCCGAGUUUCGGAUCUACAAGACCCUGACUGUGGGCCAGAGGGUGAACCGGACUCUGCACAUCUCUGUGUACCAGAUCAAACGGGAGAGCAGGAACAGAGAGGCGGAGCUGGUUCUGCUGGACAUGCAGUCGGUUCCUGCAGGUCAGGAGGGCUGGCUGGCCUUCGACGUCACCUCGGCCUCCAACCACUGGCUGCUCCACCCCCGCAGCAACCUGGGCAUCCGUCUCUACGUGGAGACCGAGGAAGACCGCUCUCUGUCAGCAGCCUGGAUCGGCCUGGUGGGCCGCAGGGGUCCUCGCUCCAAACAGCCCUUCAUGGUGACCUUCUUCAGGGAGAACCAGGUUCCCUGUCGACCUCCACGGGCCAUCAAGCCGCACCCCAGGAGGAAGAAACACAAAUAUGACCUCCCGGUCCCCAUCAUCCAGAAUCGUGGUCCUGUCAACAAAGGAGAACCCUGUAAAAAACAUGAACUCUACGUCAGCUUCAGUGAUCUGGGAUGGAAGGACUGGGUUCUGGCUCCUACCGGGUACUCGGCGUAUUACUGUCACGGAGAGUGUAUUUAUCCUCUGGGCUCCUGCAUGAACGCCACCAACCACGCCCUCAUCCAGCUGGUGGUCCACCUCCUGAAGCCGGACGAGGUCCCGUCGGCCUGCUGCGCCCCCACCAAGCUCAGCUCCAUCUCCGUGCUCUUCUACGACGACAACAACAACGUGAUCCUGAAGAAGCAUCGCAACAUGGUGGUGAAGACCUGCGGCUGCUUGUGAGAGGAAGGUGAAGAACUUUGGAACGAGAACUUCAACUUAUUGUAAACCUCAGUAUUUCUAGUUCUUUGCACCGUCGUCUUUAUAG